AUGCUAGCAAGUCGAGUGUUGCCACCGAUUGUUCGGACUUCACCACACUCUUCCCAGCCUCCUGUCGCUAUCUUCUUCCACGUGCCUCGGCGGUACGUCAAGUCAAACAUGCAGGUCGGUGACGAUUCUCCAGUGUCCUCAAUGGACGAUGCGAAGCCUUUGAGAAGUCUGCGUAAGAGCAGUCGAAUUCAUGAGACGCGGCCUGCUCCUACUUCUAAUCCUACUGCUGAGGGAGGCAACAAAGAAGAGCAGCCGAUAUCCCCUGCUUCGUCUUCGCCUCGGACUACGAGAAAAAGAAUCGCUUCGCUUGUUGAGGUUCAUGAGAGAGAAGACUGCAACAGUCCGGUCGACGAUAUGCCUCCUCCAAGCGCUACUUCUGCAACUGCAGUAGGGUCUCCAGACUUUUCGGGUCACGUGUGUCUUUGCCAACCGGAGCCAAAAAUACCGCGGCCACGAAAUGCAUUCAUCCUUUAUCGACAGCAUCACCAGCAGGCCAUUACCGCUCGCAAUCCUGAUCUCAACAAUCCCGACAUUUCCAAGAUCAUCGGUGAACAAUGGAAAGCUGAAGGUGAAGAGCAGAAGAAGGUUUGGCAAGAUCUUGCGCAGGAAGAGAAAGCUAGGCAUCAGGAGCAGUACCCUGACUACCGCUACCAACCGCGUCGUGUUGGCAAGCCGGGAUCAUCUCCGUUGAACCCUACUGGUCAGCAUACUACAGUCGACAAGUAUCGCUGCCACAAAUGUGGUGGUCGCAGUCUCAGAACACCCGCCAGUCCUUUUCUUGAUGCCUCUGGCACACCAACUCUGCCGCCUCCCAAUAUAUCGGAAGGUCUCACACCAACAACCCGCUAUUUACCUGUGGUGGGUAAUCUCAGCAUACAAUCACCAGUUAUGCGCCGCCCCAGCAACCUUCAAGUAACUUCGGCGAUGCAUACGGACUCGACAAUGUAUAGCCCUUUAACACCGAAUAAGAAGCGCCGUUUCGACUAUGGACCGCCUCCGCCAACGAGUAACGGCCGCAGAGCGGAAGGACCGUACUAUGCCCCAACCCAGUAUGCUCACCGACGCGAGUCUUUACCGCCUAUUCAUGUGCCGCCUCACAGUGCGACCAUGCUUCCUCCACGAACUCCUCGUGAGUUGCAACGGAACUCAAUGGUUGAGUUGGGUCCUCUACAACAUGAAGGUAGCCCAAGAAGCGUAGAAGAAGUGCUCAGUGCAUUCCCAUAUUCCAACAAGAUUAAACUGCUUGGACGCAUAACACCUCCGUACAAAGAACCGGGCUCCGCAAGCCCAUCGUGCCGGACCAAUCGCGGCGCCAUCAUCGCCAUCGAAGGUGACGAGAUAACUGCAGUAAAGGAACUCUCAGAGUGGUUGAACGAGUACCUCAUUAGACAGAAAGAGUACAAACCGCAGAUAGCCGAGCCACCUCAAGCUCCCAAUGACGAUAACAAAGAAGUCACGUUUGAGAACUAUCUCAACCUAAUUAAGGAGUGGCAUGGCAAGAGCAAGGAGAUGAUCAAGUACAUCAUUACGCCCAUUUCAUCCACACCCUCUUCCCCAAAGGACACCAUCGCGUCUUCAAACCCAUCCACCAUUGCUGUUACAUCAUCCACUCCAUCCCGAAAGGACUCGACCACACCACCCGACUCGCCCCUACUGUCAACAAGCAUAAAACCCGUCAUCAUCCUCCCUACCUUUCAACUCCAAGCCUCGGUCGCAUACGCAUCCCGCAUCCCCAUCCAAGACGCUUACAGCCCGACAGACCACUGGCAGUGGAUGGCGACGCUUUGGCGGGGAACGGUAGGACCGGAUCUGACGCUUUAUUCGUGGACAAACUGGGGGUUGAUGACCAUAAUGCGCAUUGCGCCGCUGUUCCAUGGCUUUCCCCAUACCCCAGACGAGAUCCACCCCGGGUUUGCGUUACGACUUGACCUCCGCUGGCAUUCACAUGCUUACGCCGACAGGCUUGCGACAGGCGACCGCCAUGGCCCACCAAUCCUCCGCCGCAUAUCCGCCCUCCUCUCCAAGAAACUCACCGUCUGGCAAUCCGUCCUCAUAACUCUCCUCUACCUCUACGUUGCCCGCAACUUCGGCAAGCUCGUGGGCCUCGAGUGCCCAGAGCCCCUCGCGAGCCUCUACUCGCGCUCCUACUUCCGCGCUACAUGGGUCACGACUGCGCUGGACGCAGGCUUCUGGUCUGCUAUGCGGAUUAAGCGCAAGGGCGUCAGGGAUCUGUUGUCUAUCGUCUUCAGCAUAUACUACCUGAUAUGUGCCGAGCAAGCCGACGAGAAAGUCCGCAAGAUUAGAGCCACGCUUACCGUCGAUCAUUUGCGCGUCGCUUGGAAUAAAGGCACCACGCCGUAUCUGGGUGCGCUGACGAGCAUGAUGCGACCGAGGCUGAUGGUCUAUCCGCCGCGCCAGAUUCGCAUACCGCGACCCAAGGCUAGUUCGUACAAGGAACCCGUGACCGGCUGGCUGUACUUCAACGGGCCGCGGAGCGCAUUGAAGAAGCAGGACAAGGUCGUCUUGGACAUACCUGGAGGUGGUUUCGUGGCCAUGAACCCGAGAAAUCAUGACGAUAAGCUCAUGGGCUGGGCUGGCAAGACGGGCCUGCCUGUCCUUAGUCUGGAUUACAAGAAGGCUCCUGAGCACCCGUAUCCGUAUGCGCUCAACGAAUGUUACGAUGUCUACCACAUGAUUAUCGCAUCUAGAGGAACGUGCAUGGGUCUAUCGGGAGAAGUAGAGCCCAGGGUCGUUGUCUCGGGCGAUUCGGCUGGGGGUAACUUGGUUACUGCUAUGGUGCUCAUGAUCCUGCAAAGUGGCUCGACUGAGACGCGAAGGUGGCAGGGUGAAUACGCGAUCCCGCCUCCAAUCGGCGUAGUCUUGAUCUACCCUGCGCUGGACAUGAACAUUGGCAACUGGAUGACGGACGAGCAAAUGGCGCUUAUCCGCGACAGACGAGUGAGGAAGACGAAUCGACCCAUCUUACGGCAUAAGAGCGAUGAUUACAGACAACUUGCGCCCAACACACCAUAUGGCUCUGAUGAUUCGGAUGGUGACGACGAAGAUGAGCGCAACAGAGUCAGCAUGACCAAUGCAUCUAUGCCAAAGACCAAUGGUCUCAGGACGUCUCCCCAGACCAUGAUCAACCUCUCCGCCGCACAAGAAAGCACUCCUCUUCCCCGCCUCGACACUAACACCAGCACCCUCCACCAACCUCCCGGCCAAACAACGCCUGCCAAUUCAAGUCUACCGCCCACACCGGCCGCGACACAGCCCUCUACACCUGGCCCUACAGUCCCAGCACCCCCAGCCACAGCCAUCAAAACUCGCCUCGCAAUGUCUUCCAUGAUAUCCUACUUCAACGACCGCAUCCUCACCCCCGAAAUGAUGCGCGCAAUGAUAAUCCUCUACAUUGGCCCGCACCACCGCCCAGAUUUCUCAACCGACUACCUCCUCUCUCCUUUACUCGCCCCGGAGUCCCUACUAGCAAGGUUUCCACGCACAUGGAUGUUAACGGGUGAGCGCGAUCCGCUCGUAGAUGAUACGGUUAUCUUUGCAGGCAGACUACGGCAAGCGAAGCGUGCGGAGUGGGUUGCGGCGAAGGAGUUGGGACUAGACUGGGCGAGAGGUGAGUUUAGAGAGGGGGAAUGGGUCAAUGUGGACUUGGUGCCGGGAAUCAGUCAUGGAUUUUUGCAGUUUGUAGGGGUUUUUCCAGAAGGGUGGAAGUACAUCUUCAGGUGUGGCAAAUGGAUCGCUGAGGCGUUUGAAGAUGCGACGGAUGGGAGGAGGGGUGAUGAGACGCCCAUGUACACACCUGCUGUUACUGCUACGCCGAGGAGACCACGAGAAAAAGGAAGCGAUUAUUUCGGUACGGUGGGUUUACAGGAUGCUAUUGAUGGCUUGACUUCUCCGCAACAUCAACGGAAGAGACAUCAUCGGCGUACCAACACCGCGUCUUCAGCGGAAGAAGACAGGCCGUUGGAGAUGACUGUUUUAAAUAAGGGAAAGAAGAGUCCGCCACAGCAGAACGGAACUGGUGUGCGAGGAAGUACAAGGGGAAGGACAAAGAAUGACAGAGGGAGACGCAAGAGCUUGGUUAGUCUGGCGAGCGAGGAUGACUUGUUGGGCAGGAGAAUGAAGAGUUUGACUGGAGGGUUGGGAGGAAAUGGGGUGUCUGAUGUUGUUUGA